GUUAAUCCGAGCAGAGCAUACAACAGCAGCGGCCCGGCCGAACGGCGAUUUAAACUGGAUGUUCUUGUGUCGACGAACGCGUCCUGACCAGAGCCUGACUGUGGGGGAAAAUCCACUGCGAAGCGAAUGAAGAAACACCUGAUCUUCCACUUCACAUACAGAGGACUUCUAACGAGAGGAAAAAAGAGUAAAAGAAAAUGGAGUAUAAAUUACGAAAAGCUGAACCCAAGGAUGUGCCCGAUAUAUUACGACUGGUGAAGGAGCUUGCGAAAUACGAAGAAAUGGAGCACCAGGUGGCGCUGACUGAGAAGGAUCUCCUUGAGGAUGGGUUUGGUGAAACUCCGUUUUACCACUGCAUCAUCGCUGAAAUCCAAGGAGAGAAGAGCAGCGGAGAUCCGAACGUGGUGGGCUUCGCCAUGUACUACUUCACCUAUGACCCCUGGGUGGGCAAACAGCUCUACUUGGAGGAGUUCUACGUGAUGGACCAGUGUAGAGGCCUGGGCAUCGGUUCGGGGAUCCUGCGGCACCUCAGUGACCUGGCGAUGAAGACACGCUGCACCGGCAUGAUGUUCGUGGUGGCGAAGAACAACGAGCCAUCCGUCCAGUUCUACAAGCGGCGCGGCGCUGAGGACCUCUCCGAGGAGGAGGGCUGGAGGCUCUUCAGGUUCGACAAGGACAGCCUGGUCAAGAUGGCCACCCCCGCCGAGGAGUGACAGGAGGAACCGAAGAGCCCCGCUGCUCCAAUGACGGCCGACUGAAAGAGUUCAGCUUCUAAAAAAGGGAAACGUUCAAAAUUCUGUGUAGUUUGCAUCAUUUAGUUCGUGAAUCUUAUUUAAGUUUAAUAUUUGUAUUUUAAUCAAUAAAACGG